UAACUUGUUAAAAUAAUACAUCAUCAAAAUGUUACAAAAUACUUACAUAAUCUUUGGUAGUUUGUAUCUUUCUAUAUAAAGUUGCUGUAUAAUACAGAAAAUUGGUAUUAGUUAUGGAACCUAGUAUAUUAAAAAUUUCUAGGUUUGCAUUAAAUCUUAACCAAGAUGAGAUUACCAAAGAGCGUUUCCCUGGAGAUGGCAUGGAAUCAGUGGCAUCUAAAAAUGUUUUACCAAAAGAUGAAUUUUCUAAUAUAGAAAAAAUAAAACUUUUUAAAAGUCCACCUAAUUUUCAAUUAAAUCAGCAAGAACAAGCAAUUAGACCUCAUAACCCAGAUGAAGAUUUAAUAAAGUACCUGUCUUCAACUAGGCCUCAUAUUCCAGAUCAAGAGUUAUUGGAAAGUUUACAAUCAAAAGUGAAAUUUUUGCAAGAAUACAAUGAAAAAUUGAUAGAUGAAAAAUUAAAAGUUUCACAUCAGCUGGCAACUCAAACACAAAUCAAUAAUGAACUAAAGAAUCUUUUAGUCGCAUCAAUUGGUGAUGAUUUAGAAACAAGGUAUGAAAAAAUGAUUUUGAAUCAGAUACAAAGUGAUUUGGAGCUUAAAAGGCUGAUUAAUUUAGUAGAAGAAUAUCAGGAAGAGAAGCAACAAGCAUAUAUACAAGUUGAUGUGUGGCGGAGUAAAUUUCUUGCUAGCAGAGUUAUGAAUGAGGAAUUAACCCAAUGGAAGUCUGCAUUAUAUUAUAAGUAUCGAGAUUCCCAUACUGCAUUGCAAAGUCUUUUAGAAGAGCAUUCGAAGAUAAGAGUUUUAAACGAUGCUACUAGAAUAGGUCUCAUUAAAAUUGCAGAAUUAUUGAACAGUAAAGAUGCAUCCCUUGAUUCCGAGAUGCGUUUAACAUUGGUAGACACAGCAUUCAUUAAUCAUGACCUUGUAGAAUCUUUAAUAGAAAUCAUAGAAGAAUCGUCUUGGGCAGAGAAACCAAAUGAAAUAAAACAAAAUAUUUUCUUUAAACAAUUUAAAAAUCAUUUGAAAGAAAUUUAUGUUUUGCCAAGUGAAUUAUCAACAGCUGAACAAUUGGCUCAUGAGAUUGUUACAAAUACUGGUAUACAAACGGAAGAACUUGUUAGAAUGAGAAGAGAUUAUUUAGCACAUAAUCGAAUAAGCCACUUUCUGUCAACAAACUAUCAUGUUACAUAUAAUUGCUGCAAUAGUUGCAAGGGUCGAAUUAUACAUUUGUGAAAUGUAAAUAGAAAUAAAAUUUGUAAAUGAAAAAAAUUAAAUUUUUUUUA